AUGAAUCCGCUAGCUUUUCAACCACCGCCCCAGGCUGUCCCGAACUUCUCGCCCCCCAGUUUUCCCCCGCCUCCUAUACAGGUAGCCUCAAAUGGCGAGAACAGGGAACUCUCUCAGACGCCGCCAUCGGAAGGUCUCUCCAACCCACCAAUGAACGAGAAAGCUCUUUAUGCCACCGAAAUAUCCGGGUCAUUCGCUGCCAAUCCGGUUGACUUGAGCUAUGCGGACGUAGUACCCCCAACCCCUCGAGGCAUUGUUCGAUCGCAGACAGAUACAUUUGUUGGAAGCAAAAUUGCCCCCAAGGAAUUUGUGGGGGCGACGUCAACCUCGGGGGACGAUAUAGGAACCUUCAACGGUGGCAGCUACAGGAUCAGUCAUCGAGACACCAACACUCUUUUGACCAUCCAGCUAGCAGUAGGAUGUCCACUGCAGGCGAGGCCUGGUAUCAUGAUCGCAAUGUCCCCCUCGAUGUCCCUUAGAGGCUCCCUCUCAUUCGGAUGGAUGAAAGCCCUUGCAGGUGGGCAAAUCGCUCGAUCAACCUAUACUGGCCCUGGAGAGCUUUUACUGGCUCCGUCAGUGCUUGGAGACGUUACUGUUCUUCGGUUGGACGGCACAAAAGAGUGGCUUGUAGGCAGAGAUGCAUUCCUUACCUGCACAACGGGUGUCCAAAUGCAGUACAAAACCCAGGGGCUCAUGAAGGGUGUGUUCUCCGGGGAAGGCUUCUUCAUCUUCAAAGUUGAGGGUGCCGGUUUGCUUUGGAUGCAGAGCUUCGGAGCGAUCAUCAAGAAAGACCUCGCCGAAGACGAAAGAUACUACGUAAACAACGGCCACCUAGUCGCCUGGAACUGCCAGUACAAGAUCGAGCGCGUGGCCUCAGGCGGCAUCAUCUCCAACUGGAGCGCCGGCGAGGGUCUUGCCUGCAGGUUCACCGGCCCCGGCACCGUCUACAUGCAGACCCGCAACGUCUCCUCCUUCCUUGCGCAUCUCAACAUGGGGAACUCGAAGAGUUGA